CAAGUUGUUGUGACGCUUUCACUCCUCGUGCACGUGCGUUUCCUUUCCUGUCUUUCAUCACUUUGCGGCGACAACAUGGAGCCAGAAACCUAAGUCUCUAAAAAAUAUACCAAGAUAGACAACUAAACUGUUAAUGCAUAAUUUGCCCAACUGACCAAGUUCACCUUUCAAGCGUACAGGUAUCCCCAAGGCCAGAAUGACUGAGGAACCUUUACCUAAAAAGGUUCGCCUCAGUGAAGGUGAUCUGAAGACUUUGACCAGAGAGGAGCUCUGUGAAAGGUGGAAGCAGGAGGAUGCUUAUGUGCAGAUACUUGAGACAAAAUACUCUGAAUUGAAUUCAAAUGAUGUGAUGGGCCUGAGGGAGUCUGAGGAGAAACUGAAGCAGCAGCAACAAGAGGCUGCCAGGAGAGAGAACAUCCUUGUUAUGAGGUUGGCCACAAAGGAGCAGGAGAUGCAAGAAUGCACAACCCAGAUCCAGUACCUGAAGCAAGCCCAGCAACCCAAUGUGGCCCAGCUGAGAUCUACCAUGGUGGACCCUGCGGUCUACUUGUUUUUCCUUAAGAUGAAGAGCGAACUGGAAGAGAACAAAGACAAAUUGGAGCAAGCCCAAAAUGAACUAAGUGCCUGGAAAUUUACACCUGAUAGCCAGACCGGAAAGAAGUUGAUGGCUAAGUGCAGGAUGUUGAUCCAGGAGAACCAGGAGCUGGGCAGACAGAUCUCUCAGGGUCGUAUUGCCCAGCUGGAAGCAGAGCUGGCCCUGCAGAAGAAGUACAGCGAGGAGCUCAAGAGCAGCCAGGAUGAGUUGAACGACUUCAUCAUCCAGCUGGAUGAAGAGGUGGAGGGCAUGCAGAGCACCAUCCUGGUCCUCCAGCAGCAGCUCCGGGAGACCCGCCAUCAGCUAACCCUGAGAGAGAGCUCUGUUCCUGGGUCGGCCCCCCUGGACCACCACCCAGAGUCAGAGGCUGGCUUUAGCAAAGACUGCGAGGCAGGAUUGGUCAAGGCCAACGGACCAGGCAACACCAGCCCCUUUGAUAGGACAGAAACAGCUCCUGGCCCCUCCCCUUUCACAGAGGCAGAGACAGGCAUCAAUACGGAGCAGGAUCAAGAGUCCCUACCGUCUCCAUCUCCCUCCACCACAGGCACAGACUCCAAGCUCUGUAGCCACUUUAGGACCAUAACGAACCAGCUUAGCGAGGGCUAUGAGACUGUAGACUCCCCCACAGGUAGUGAUACCUCCGUCACACAACACUUUAUAGAGACAAACUCAAACCAGGACCCUCAGGAGGACAGGAUAGUGGCACGGACUAGUUCUAGCAAAGGCGGCAGGACUGUGGGCUCAUGCUCUACCCAGAAUGGGUUGAAUGUUACAGGGUAGGGUCUCCGAUAUUAAUGGCUGGUUUCCCGGACACAGAGUAAGGCUAUUCGUGGAUUAAACUCAAUGGAUAGAAAUCAUGCCUCAGAAUACUGGUGUAGGUUACUGAUGAAAUGUUAUGUAUGCCCCAUCUAGAGAAAAGGUUCACCAGUACUUGUUGAAUGUGAUAGACAUUCAUCCAGAUUUUUUUUAUUAGUACAUCGUCUGUUUGUGCACGUAUGAUGUGUUAUGAUAACAAGGCGAAGUCAGACUUGUACUUGUUUUAAGUGUAACAAGUUGUCAUGUGCUGAAUACUUUCGUUUUUAACUUGAUUAUGAUUUCCCGUUUAUUGUGAAAAACAAAUGUUUACAAAAAUAUGACCUCCUGAAUUUGUAGAUGUUCGUUCCAGACUGAAGUACAAUAAAGAUUGUUUUUAAUGUAA